AUGGCUGCACCACAGAUCAAGCACGAUCUCAACCGCUCCGGUUGGGAGUCCACUGACUUUCCAUCCGUCUGUGAGAACUGUCUUCCCGAUAACCCUUACGUGCAGAUGAUCAAGGAAGACCACGGUGCAGAAUGCAAGAUUUGUACCCGCCCUUUCACCAUCUUUCGCUGGAAAGCAGACCGAACCUCGCGCCAGAAGCGCACCAACAUUUGCCUCACCUGUGCUCGUCUGAAGAACUGCUGCCAAUGCUGCAUGCUGGAUCUGUCUUUCGGCUUGCCGAUUGUGGUCCGUGAUGCCGCAUUGAAGAUGGUCGCUCCCGGUCCAGAGAGCUCUAUCAACCGUGAAUACUAUGCGCAAAACCACGAGAAGGAAAUCGAGGAGGGACUUGGCGCGAUCGAAGAAUAUGAAAAGACCGACGACAAGGCGCGCGAGCUUCUCCGACGUCUCGCCAAGAGUGAACCUUAUUACCGGAAGCCGCGCCGGAUCGAAGGGCCGUCUGAGGGAGAGCAAGCGGAAGAGUCUAGCUCAAAGGAUCAACCGCGCACACAUAACCGAUACGGAAAUGGACCCGGCCCGACGCGUACGAGUGAAGGCCGAUUAGGGAACAAGCUGCCCGGACGAGGUGGACGCGGUGGCGCUCGUGGCGGACGUGCUUUCCCAGGUACUACGCAACUCCCACCAUCAGCCGCAGACAUCAGACCCCCAUCCGACCCCAACAUUACAUCCCUCUUCGUCACUGGUGUGGAAGAUGAUCUGCCUGAACACGCCCUGCGAUCAUUUUUCUCGGAGUUUGGCCAGCUCCGCUCGCUCGUUUGCUCUCACCGCUCCCACUGUGCAUUUGUCAACUUUGUCAACCGCGCCGAAGCGGAGGCUGCUGCUGAGAAGUGUCAAGGCAAGGCCAUUAUCCAAGGCUGCCCGUUGCGCGUGCGCUGGGGUAAGCCCAAGCCCCUAGAUAAUCUGGAUCGUGAAGAGCGAAUCAAGAAUGCUCGCGAAGGCAGAUCCGCCGUCGGUGCUCCGGCUAAGGGCUCUGACAAGAAGGCCAUCACUGCCGCUGGCGACGCUACCAUCCAAGAAAAGGCAAUGAGCUAUGCCGUGGCACCCCCUCCCGGCUCCGGCGAUGUUCAGUACGCUAGUAUGAACGGCGAUUGA